AUGUCAAGGAAAAAAAUAGAAAAUAGAGGCUGACUGUCUACAGUUGAUAAAUUAUGUCACGCUUGAGGUAUAGAGGGAGGGCUGGAAGAAAACGAUCGUGAACUUUAGAAGUUGAAGGAUUUUUUAACAAUUACGGAAGAAAAAUGCACCAAAAAACAGACGGUAGCAUGACUUGCAAGCGUGGCAUGUGCUUACAGAGGAUCAGCCAUGGAAUAAUAUGGAGUUUAGAAACAGCCUUUUAUCACCUUGGACAUUUUGUUGGGACAUAUCCUAUACUGACCAUUGUGCUGAGUUUUGUGGUCUGUGGAAUUGCCUCCCUUGGUAUGGCCAAUUUUACAGAGACUGAUAUAACAGAGAAGCUAUGGGUGCCAUCCUACUCCCGCAUACAGAAGGAGAAGAAAUGGGUGAUGGAGAACUUUCCACCAGACACCAGAUUCGCAAAGAUAAUCACUGUAGAAAACAACAUUCUAUCACCAAGAUCACUGAACGCUAUGUUAGAUAUUUAUGAAAAAGCAGUAUCCUAUUACAAAGAUGGAUACUCCUAUCAGUCCAUGUGUUUAAGAGUUGGUUCCCACUGCAAAGUUAACAGCAUUUUGGAGAUUUGGUCAUACAACAAAACUGCCAUAUCACAUUUGACCUACAAUGAUAUCUUAAAUGACAUAAAUAAUAUCAAAUACAGUCCACUGUUCCAUAAUGAGCUGGAUGUCACCACUGUGCUAGGGAAUAUUUUAUUUGACGAGGAAGGUAAAAUCAUCGCGGCAGGGGCAGCCUCCAUGCUGUUUCUUUUGAAAGAUGAAGAGGAGACAAGGUCAGUGGCUAUGAACUGGGAGAUGGAGGUCAUCCAAUCAGUACAAAAAGGUCAUCAACAUUUACAGGAGAUAUACGUGUAUGCCACUCGCAGUUUUGAUGACGAGGGAUACGGAGCUGUUAAUGAGGACAUUAAUCUUCUGUCUGUCGGCAUCUGCAUCGUCCUCAUCUUUGUCAUCUUAACUCUUGGAAGAUUUAAUCUUGUAGAACAUAAGCUUCUGCUGUCCCUAGCAGGACUGUUGAGUGUGGGGAUGUCCAUUGGUUUUGCUUAUGGUUUAGCUACGACAUUUGGCGUUAUUUAUGGUCCUGUACAUGCUCUUAUGCCUUUUCUUUUGCUAGGCAUUGGUGUGGAUGAUAUGUUUGUCAUUGUGGAAGCCUGGAAGAAUCUGACCCCCGAGGAAUGCCAGCUCCCCCUCCCCAAGCAGAUUGCCAUGACGAUGAAACAUGCCGGUGUAUCAGUGACUGUGACUUCCAUUACAGAUAUUGUGGCCUUUGCAAUAGGAGCUUCAACUGUGAUACCAGGCCUGAGUGCUUUCUGUAUUGAUGCGGCCCUUGGAAUUCUGGCUUUAUUUAUCCUCCAGUCCACGUUUUUUGUGGCCUGUCUGACUCUGGAUCAGAAACGCAUCAAGGCUCGGAGAGACGCCAUAUUGUGUUGUCUAGCUUACAAAACCUUUGAACCCAAUAAAUGUAGUCAGAAAAAUUUUCUGGCUUUAGCUUUUAAGGAAUAUUUUGGACCAUUUCUGAUGAAGAUUCCGGUCAAGAUUUUAGUUGUGUUUGUGACUGCGUCUUUGCUAGGGGUCAAUAUCUAUGGCUUCUAUAACCUAAAGCAGGACUUUGACCUAGUUAUGUACAUCCCGUCUGAUUCCUAUGCCCACAAAUUUGCCAAGGCCCAAGAGAAGUACUUCCCAGACAGAGGGGUGGAUGUAAAUGUUUACUGUGGUGACAUACAUUAUGGCUCUAGCCAGAAGAUCUUAAAUGACAUGUUAGCAAAAAUCCGAGCUGAUCCUGGGGUGGAGAACGGAACACUCAUUAGCUGGUUCCCGGCAUUUACUGCUUGGCUGAGAAGUAGAAAUGAUUCAAAUCUGGCCAAAUACAAUCACUAUCCAUAUGAUGAGCAUGAAUUUGAUUCCUUGGCCCUGAAGUUUAUAGAGCAGACCAAAGUAGGGCAGGCCUUCAGAAGAUUUGUCAAAUUCGACAAAACAAUUCACCCACCAAUACUUAAGGCUAUGUACUUCUCUCUAAGACACACCAGUCAGCCAAACUCACAGGCAGAAAUUGAAGAAAUGGAAAAUCUACGCAAAAUCACAGAUAACUCGGGACUACCCGAGGGGAUGUGCUUCCCUUAUUGUCCCCAGUAUCUGACUUACGAGACAAAUAAGGUUUUACAGAGAGAGUUGUACCGUAAUCUGGCUUUGGCAGGGGCAUGUGUGUUCUUUGUGACUCUGGUUUUGAUUGCCAAUAUAUGGACCAGUAUGAUAGUGUUCUCUUGUGUCAUAUUUACUCUGGUUGAUGUGGCUGGGACCAUGUAUUACUGGGGUGUUACUAUAGACACCGCUAGCAGUAUUCUGUUGACCCUGUGUGUAGGUCUGGCUGUGGAUUACUCUGCACACAUAGGUCACACCUUUAUGACGGUGUCUGGCAGUAAAAAUGAACGUCCAGUGAUGGCGCUGACAGAGAUAGGGCCUGCAGUGUUUAAUGGCGGAUUCAGUACGUUCCUGGCUUUUGUUCUCCUUGCAAACAGUAACAGCUACGGCUUCUCUUUGUUCUUCAAGGUAUUUUUCACUGUGGUUGUGUUUGGGCUGUUCCAUGGAUUGGUAUACCUCCCUGUAGUGUUGAGCUGGUUGGGUCCUAAGCCGUAUGAUACCUCCUCAGUGCAUACCUCACCUAGAAAAGAGAAACCAGAGAAGCAUUCCAAUGGCUGCUUAGAGAACAUUGCUCCUCUGAACCAGGAAGCUGAUGCUGGAGACAGCGAGUUUUCACCUUGUAUAAAACUGGAGGAAAUGAACCAAGUGUAAUUCAGGGUAUUUCAAACUUGAGAAUUUCUUCAGGUCAGAGAUGUUUCUAUAGUAACCAAGAUGGCUGCCAAGCAGUGAUGGUUUAUAUCUAAUAUCUUUUCUGCCUUAUACCUCACCUUCUAAACUUUUUUUCUGUUGUAUGUUAACUUAUUCCCAUAUCUUUUGACAUAAGACUCUCUGAUUUAUUAUCUUCCACUGCUUAUUUGCUCUUUAUUGAACAAUUCAAAAUUUCAUGCUGA